UGGUUUCUCACACAGACACAGUGUGAAAAGGAUCCCUGAAAUUAUGGAUUUAAAGGACAUCUUAAACCACAAUGGGAAAAUAGGAAAUCUUUCUCUAUGUUAUGAAAAUAAUUCCAACUCUUGUCAGAGACUAUUUGUCUAUCCACCGGCUGUGAAAGUUAUGUCUUAUUUUGUGCUUGUUGCCAUUAUACUUCUAACACUGUUAGGCAACCUUUUGGUGAUCAUAUCUAUAACUCAUUUCAAGCAGCUCCACACACCAACUAACUAUCUCACUCUGUCUCUAGCUGCGGCUGAUUUGCUUGUAGGAGGACUUGUGAUGCCUCCCAGUAUGAUACGCUCUCUGGAGACCUGCUGGUAUUUGGGGACCACAUUCUGUAAAAUACACACCAGUCUUGAUUUAAUGUUGUGCACUACCUCUGUUUUAAAUCUGGCAUUUAUCUCUGUUGAACGAUAUUAUGCAGUAUGUCACCCUCUGCUGUACCACAGUAAAAUGACUCCUCUCACUACUGUACUCAUGAUUGCUGUUUGUUGGAGUAUUUCUGCUGCUGUGGGAUUUGGGAUGGUGUUUCUGGAGCUCAGCAUUCAAGGUACUGAAAGCUACAGUAAUAUAUUAUGUGAGGGGGGGUGUAUAAGUAUUCUAGGACCUGUGGCAGUUCUGGUAAUUUCAUUGUUCAAUUUGUAUAUCCCCACCAUUGUUAUGCUAAGCAUUUAUCUGAAAAUAUAUCUUGUGGCACAGAGACAAUCGCGUGUAAUACAAAAUACUCAAAUAAACACAUCCAGAGGGCAAAACACCAUUAGUAAGGCAGAGAGAAAAGCCACUAAAACAUUAGCCAUCGUUAUGGGGGUUUUUCUUCUGUCCUGGGCACCACUGUUUAUCUACAGUAUUACUAUUAUAUUUCAGGGUUUGAAUGGUCCUCCACAGAUGUUUGAUUUCUUUGGUUGGAUUGCCUAUGGUAAUUCAGCAUGUAAUCCCAUCGUGUAUGCAUUCUUCUACACAUGGUUUAGAAAGGCCAUUAAAGUUGUUCUACAAGGUAAAAUAUUCCAAACUAAUUCUUCAAGAACAGACCUGUGCUCAGAGAAACAUUUGUGACUGGUCCUUUUACAUGUUUUUCAGUAAUUUACUAUUGUUUUCCCAUC